CACACGCCUAGUCUCACUACGGCAGACCACCUUCAUCUCUCGAUCAGGCCGCACAGAGGGGAGGAGGAAGAACACGAACUUGCCGACUACAGGAACAUACACCACCGGCAGAAGAGGGAAUCACAGUGCCUAGAGCGGGAAGCCCAGCGGGCAGAGAAGACCAGGAGGCUUGAUGACGAGGACGAGAUGAAGUUUUCCCACAGCAUCCAGUUCAACGCCGUUCCAGACUGGAGCAGCCAUUAUAUUGCCUACAGCAAUUUGAAGAAGCUCAUCUACCAACUCGAGAAGACCAUCCACAGAACAAACGCAGAGGACGACGCCGAACGCUCGCCAUUAAUCUCUGGGGAAGAUCCCGACCAGGUCUUCUCGCGCGCAUUGGAUGUGGAACUGGAGAAGAUCUCAUCCUUUUAUCAACUCAAGGAGCUGGAGAUAUAUGGCGAAGUAUCGGAGCUCCUAAAGGACGAAGAAUCCUACGAAGCAGAAAGCCUGGACCAGUGGGAAGAUGGCAGGCCUGCAACAAGUAGCCGCGUGAGCGACAGGCCACGGCAAGGAAGCAUAUUUCGAGGUUCCGUAGUCAAAGCCCGGCGAGCUAGUACAAUUAGUCAAUCUAUUGAUGAGGGCGUGGAAGAUAGCGACGACGACGAAGAUGAUGAGAACACGGCCUUGCAGAAGCCAUCACGACCUGCUGCUGGACAACGAAGCAAGAGUACGCCAUACGAUGCAAACGUGGGUCGAUCAGGGGCGGCCGAAGAUAUGAAGGCCUCGACAGAAUUAUCCAAGUCGAUACGGAGGAACAGCCAAAACUACGACGACUAUGCCGAACACGCCUUCUCUUCCUUACUGUCCUCUGGAAUUACACUGAAAAAGCGAGCGAUCAGCCUCUACGUGCAGCUAUGCGAGCUCAAAUCGUUCACUCAGUUGAACAAAACGGGUUUCACAAAGGUCCUCAAGAAAUACGACAAGAUAAUGGAUCGAGGCCUGAAAUCGCAAUACGUCGAGAAAAAUGUUACUCCGGCAUACCCAUUCCGCCCGGAAACGAUGAAGCACAUAGAGGAGAACAUCAAGCACAUGGAAAAGGCAUACGCGGGUGUGGUGACCCAAGGGGAUGUGGAGCUGGCUAGGAAGGAACUGAGAUUACACCUGCGGGAGCAUGUGGUAUGGGAAAGAAACACCGUCUGGCGAGAGAUGAUAGGGAUUGAGCGCAAAGCCCAAGCUGCGAACUUGGGGCUGGGAAGGACCCUACUCGGCCCUGAUGGCGAUCCUGCAAAAGCUCGUUUGCAGGGUGAUUCUUUUGACGCCAGCGAGAUGAAAGAGCUCUCCACACCAGUCGGCAGGUUCAGGUUACCAACAUGGCUGUUCAGUUCAACCUUGUUAACUCUCCUCCUUAUUAUCGCCAUAUUUAUCGCUCUGCUCUAUGUGCCAAUCAUGAAGCAGGUGGAACAGCAAAACUGUCUGGCGAUGUUGGCAUUUGUCAGUUUGUUAUGGGCCACAGAGGUUAUUCCACUCUUCGUAACCUCUUUGCUUAUACCAUUUCUGUGUGUUGUUUUGCGAGUCGUCAGGUCCGAUGAUAAACCACACCAUCGGCUUGAAGCCGGUCCUGCAACGAAGUAUAUCUUCGCAGCCAUGUGGACACCCGUCAUCAUGCUUCUCCUUGGCGGCUUCACUAUAGCUGCUGCCCUGUCAAAAUACGAUAUUGCCAAAAGAAUUGCCACCUUCGUACUAAGCAAAGCUGGUACGAGACCGCAGACUGUUCUGGUCACAAACAUGUUCGUCGCGGCCUUUGCAAGCAUGUGGAUCAGUAACGUCGCUGCUCCAGUGCUGUGCUUUUCUAUCAUCCAACCAAUGCUUCGCAACCUUCCAUCCGACUCACCAAUGUCGAAAGCUCUCAUCCUCGGAAUCGCCCUCGCCUCCAACAUCGGCGGAAUGCUCUCCCCCAUCGCUUCCCCCCAGAACAUCGUCGCAUUACAAAUAAUGGAUCCUCAGCCAUCCUGGGGUGUUUGGUUCUUCGUUGUUCUCCCAGUUGGCAUCAUCUCAAUCCUCCUCAUCUGGCUCGUUCUUAUUGUCACCUUCCAUCCUGGCCGAGGAACAACGAUAGUACCUAUCAGACCUGUGAAGGACAAAUUUACUGGGGUCCAACUAUUUAUCUCCUUCGUCACCUUUGCUACCAUCAUACUAUGGUGUGUAAGCCAUCAGCUCGAAUGGUUGUUUGGAGACAUGGGUGUCAUUGCCAUCAUUCCGCUCGUCCUGUUUUUUGGCACUGGAAUCCUCACGAAAGAAGACUUCAAUAACUUCUUAUGGACAAUCAUAAUUCUUGCAGCUGGUGGACUUUCGCUAGGCAAAGCCGUCAACUCAUCCGGCCUUCUGCACACCAUUGCCAAAGCCAUCACUGCCGAAGUGGAAGACUUCUCCCUCUACGGUGUCCUCGUUGUGUUCGCCACACUAAUCCUAGUUGUCGCAACCUUCAUCAGCCAUACCGUGGCUGCUUUGAUCAUCCUUCCAUUAGUGAAGAGCGUAGGUGAUAACAUGGAACAGCCACAUCCGAAUCUUUUGGUCAUGGGAAGCGCAUUAAUGUGCAGUGCUGCGAUGGGAUUGCCAACUUCUGGGUUUCCGAAUAUGACGGCAAUCAUGAUGGAAGAUUCACAAACGGGGCAACGGUAUUUACAAGUUAAGCAUUUCAUCAGCCGUGGUAUUCCAUCGAGCAUCAUCACACUCAUCGUCGUUGUUACGGUUGGCUAUGGCUUGAUGCUUAUCGUAGGAAUGUAA